GGGCGGGGCUGUGCGUACGUGAUCAGGGGCGUGUAAUGAAUGGACAUUAGUAAGACGCCGGUGAUCACACACAGCAGGAGCGGAGGGGAUUGAUCUGGUUUUGAUGGCGAUGGACAGUGCGCGGACAGUGAUUACAAAUAUUUUUGGCAGGGUCCCUCUUACUUAUACUCGCUUCAGUUUGACUCCUCAAACAGAUGGAGACAGCAGCCAAGUUGAGAUGAAACUGGCAGAUGAGGAAGAAUGUGGAGAUCAUUCCCUGGGAGACCAUCAUGUUGUACAACAUCAACCUAGAAAAAAUGGAUGUAAAAGCUUAUGCUUUAAAAUCCUGGUGGUCAUUCUCUUGUUUUUGAUAGGCUUUCUUACUGGGUACUUAACUUACCGGGGCCGUGUCAGCUCGGCACAACCUAGCAGUACAGAGUCUGUGCAAUGUGAUGGUUUAGUUGAUGCUGUUGAUGAAGAUGAUUCAGUGGUGUCAGAUCCAGAUGUACCACAAGUCUUGUACUGGAGUACUGUAAGAUCUAUGCUUCAAAGAAAGAUUGAUACCACCAACUUUGAGACAAGCAUUCAGCAGCAGCUCAGUGAAAAGUCUCGUCAAGCUGGUUCUGAUAAUGAAGAAAGUUUGGCGAAAACGGUGCGUGAUCAAUUCAACAGCCUAUCAUUGUUUAAGGUGUGGAAUGAUGAGCAUUAUGUCACUCUACAAGGUUCUGACAGGAACAACAAAAUUACACUUCUCAAAGGUGAUUCAGAAGAAUCGAUCUUUGCUCCUACUUCAUAUGUUGCUUACAGUCCUUCUGCUUCGGUUAAUGGUAGCCUUGUGUACGCCCAAUACGGUACGGUAAAAGACUUUGAAGAUCUUGGAAGGAAUACAGAUUUAACUGGAAAACUAAUUCUUGUGCGGUCUGGAUCUAUUCCCUUUUCAGAAAAGGUUAGAAAUGCUGAACAAGUGAAAGCAUCUGGGGUUCUCAUCUAUCCUGAGCCUUCUGACUUCAUGUUCCCUGGACAAAUUGGUGACAUUGAUUCCCCCUUUGGUCAUGCUCAUUUUGGCACUGGUGAUCCGUUCACUCCAGGCUUCCCUUCAUUUAACCAUACCCAGUUUCCACCAUCGAAAUCUUCAGGACUACCACAGAUUCCAGUUCAAACACUUUCCAGUAAAGAUGGAAAACAGCUGCUCGGAAAACUAGAUGUUGUUGGCUGUCCAAGCAAAUGGGAGAGUGGUUGUAAACUUGGCGACCAGUAUAAGAUUAGGCUUGAAGUGAAGAAUGUUCCUGCUGAGAAGAAAAUCUACAAUAUCUUUGGUGUUAUUAAAGGCUUUGAUGAACCAGGUCACUAUGUUGUGGUUGGGGCCCAAAGAGAUUCCAUGGGUAUGGGCGUAUCCAAGGCAGUUGUUGGGACAACUCUGCUAGUGGAGCUUGCCCGCAUGUUAUCAGAAAUGGUUAAGGAGGGGUAUAAACCAAAACGGAGCAUUGUUUUUGCAAGCUGGAGUGCAGGGGACUUUGGAGCUGUUGGUGCAACGGAGUGGUUAGAGGGUUACCUUACUACUCUACAUCUUAAAGCAGUAUCCUACAUCAGUUUGGAUGCCAUUAUUCAAGGUUCUGGGUCACUGAAAGUGUCUGCUAGCCCCCUUAUGUUUAACAUGAUCCAAAAAAUCCUGAAAGAGGUCCCUGAUCCAGUGACUAAAAAGCCGAUUUCAGUAGAUUUCCGCUAUGGAUUCCCCAUGGAUGAUGCUGCAUAUCCGUUCCUUACGUUCUCUGGUAUCCCAUCUGCAUCAUUCAGUUUUCAAAAGGCAAAAAAAAACUAUGCAUAUCUUGAUACUGAGAAGGACACUUACCAGAAUUUUAGAAACUUAGUCGAUGUCAACAGCAUGUGCAGUGUUGCUGCCAAUGUUACAGGCCAGAUAAUUCUGCGUCUAACACAUGACCUCAUAUUACCACUAGACUACACUAAAUAUUCUGAAGAACUGCGUAAAAGAGUGACUGACCUCCACGCAAAAAAGAGUCCAGAAACUCUGAGCUUAAACUGGGUAGAUUAUGCUUCGGGGGACUUCAGCAGGGCAGCUACCCAACUCAAGAAGACUAUUUCUGAAUCUGACCUGGAAAACAAACCCUAUCUGCAUUCUCUAAAUAACCGUAUUAUGAAGGUUGAGCACUCCAUGUUGUCUCCUUAUGUCUCUCCUAAAGAGUCACCAUUUCGUCACAUUCUUUAUGGCAGUGGCAAUCACACCUUUGAUGCGUUAUACAAGCUGCUAGACUUACUGAAAAACGACAAGGCCCAGUCUAGUGAAGACUUGUUUAAAAACCAAUUGGCUCUUUUUACAUGGACUGUACAGAGUGCUGCAAAUGCCCUAGUGGGUGAAGUUUGGGAGAUAGACAAUGAGAUUUAAAGGUUCAUAUUAAAGGCCCUCAGUAGUGGUAUGUAGAUUGUGGGGGUCUGGGUGCUGGGGCCCCUGCGAUCUCCUGGAAUGGGGCCGCGGCAGUCUGCAGGAAAGGGUGUUCUAUCACCGUAUGACAUGUGGCUGACAAGCCCCCUCCAUGUACCCCAUAGAGAUACAUGAAUGGGGCAUGUCUGCCGUGGCCUUCUGCUGGGGACGACGGGGCACUUCCUGCAGACUGUUGCAGUCCCAUCCAGGAGAUUGCUGGGACCCCCCAUGAUCUCGGACUUAUCCUCUAUACCACUACAGAUGUCCCUUUUUUUUUUUUUUUUUUUUUUUUUAUAUUAUUAUUAUUUAAUGAACGGUCUCCCUCUUGUUUUUCCUUUCUGUGCCAUAGAAACUUCUAGCCACUGGACUGGGAGUGCAACGCUGUUUACUUUGCACAAGAUUAUGUUCAAGGCUACUUUCCCUAACCCCUGGUCAUAAAUUGGAAUAUCGAUUUAGGUUUUCAUACAAAUACCUAUCCCCUUUCAAUGCACUUGUAUGUUAAGCCUUAGAAUGGCUACGAACACUAGAUAAAACCAGGAACACUUACUGUAUUGAGGCAGGCUUUAGCCUAAUGGCAAGAAACCUGGCUUUGUGUCCCAUUUGUUAUACCUGCCUUUUAGGUUACAAAGUAAGAGCAACUGCUACCCUACCUGUAGAGCAGGAGCAGUAGUUAUAUGAAUAGAUGGGUUCAAUCUAGCUGGAUUCUGAAUAUCUAUUUAGCACUGAAUACUUAUUUAUUUAUCAGUGACAGUGAUCACUAUAAAUGGUGUUAAUUUUAUUAUGGUAAUUAUCGGAAGCAGUGCCUUCCAUAAUUGACGGUUAUACUGUCGGAUAUUUUUUUUUUCUUUUGUAUGAUAAAAGCAGCAUCUGCUUAACUGGUCUGACAUGAUACUGGAAUCUCUGCUCUCCUCGUGCCAUGUAACAGAAGGGUGAAACCUUUGCAAAUACUGUAAUUUUGCCGAAACUGUCUUUGUGCUGAGAAGGGUGCUUCUUCUCAUUGGCUAUAGUGUCUAAUAAUUGGCAGCCCUUUUCUAGUGGUCAUUGACAUGGUGCUAGGGCCCAAUUACUGUUUAUGUUCAGACAUGCUGCUUACGAAGACAGUCGACUCUCGUUUGAGUGCAAGGGCUUUUCUGUUGCAUUGCAUGGUGGUUAGUAAUGGUAAUUGUGCACACACAAGCACUCUUAAGCCAUUUAUUGGCUCUGAUUAAGAUGUACUGCCUAAAGCAGACCUGUCUGCAGUUUAUGUAAAUAUAGGGCAUACUUGCAUAGGGCUUCUUGUUCUGAUUCCAGGCACACCAUUGUUGAGCCCUCCAGUGCUGAUAUAUUACUCUUAUUGAUAUGCACGUGACCCCUAAAAGCCUGUGGAGUGUUUCUCUGGACAGCAGAGGCCCCAAAAAGUUUGUCCUUCCACUUGCUUCCAUCAGUACCGGUCUGCCCGCUAGUAACCUUUUACAGUACCUUGAUUGACAACCCUAGGCUGUACUGUCAUCUCAAUCUCUCACCUGAGAUUCUUCACAAGCACAUGGCAAACACUGGUCUGUGCGGAAAUGUAUUUUUUCUGUGGCCUCAAAGACUGUUCUGCACUUGCACGCUUUGAAAAUGCAGAACAGUUCUAGAGACCACCAGGAGCUGACAUUAUUGUGCAUGGGCCAGCCAACAUUGGCUAGGUGAGAUGGGCACAGCCUAUUGGCUGUCAAUCAAGAUGCAGAAGGGGGUAAGUGGACAGACCGGAGUUAACUGCAAGUGAACGGAUGAACUUUGCUUUACUUUAGCAUCUUUGCGCUGUAGGUCUCGGUUGGGAAGAGAAGUUUGCACAGAAUCGGUGAGAAGCCCUACACAAUGUCCCUAGUUUACAACCUUCUGAUAGGUCCACCAUAAAGCUUACUUUCUGUCCUAUACUCAGUUCUACGUAAUUAAGACAGGAACGUGAUGGUAUUUGCUUUAUGGAUUACUACGUAACCUUUGGAUUGUAAGCAAUUUUGUGUUUGGCAUCUUACAUCUUUUAAAGCAGAUUUUCCAGUAACUUAUAUCAUGAAUUUGAGCUUACAUUAUCGGGAGCAGUGUCUUCCAUAAUGGAUAUAUACAAAUUUGGUAGUUUUUGCCUACCACAGUGUUAUAUCGGGGGCAGUGAUCCCUCAUAUGUUACACUACAGGUGUACUUAAUUAUCGGGGACAGUGUUUCCCAUAAUUAGUUUUAGGUUAAAUGUUCGCUUGCAAUGCUUAGCUCUGGUCUCUAAGGGUAGAUUCACACAGGUUGGAUUUGCUGUGGAAUCCGCAUACCAGCUAUGAGCAUUGUGCAAAUUUCUUAAAGGAGUACUCCACUGGCCAGCGUUCGGAACGAAGUGUUCCAAACGCUGUUUUCGCGCUGCAUUGGUCG